AUGUAUGUGAGCUAUCCCUUGGAAAAAGAAGCCAGCAUGUAUCCAGGGUCUAUAAGGUGCAACACCACCAGCAGCAGCAGCAACAACAACAGCCACCACCACCAUCUACCAGCGCAAAACUUUGCCUCCACAACAUCUUACACCGAUUAUGUGGGAUUCCAUCACAUGCAGAACAUGGACAACCGUGGACAACCACCUGGGCCUUGGGGGACGCAUUAUGGCCCACAAAGAGAGGACUGGAAUGGUUUUGGGUCAGGACUGGCCACUUCGGUGACACCGGCAUCCAUGAACGGAUCAUCUCCCAGCCCAGUUCCCUACGCUUCGGCCGACUAUGGUCCCCUCAAUCCUGCCAGUUCGAGGCCUUUGGCCUCGGUGGAGACCAUUAAUACGGAGCAGAUUUCAUCCCAUAGCCAAAGGCAAAGCUCCUAUGAAUGGAUGAGGAAAACGGUCCAGUCCACUUCGACAGGCAAAACAAGGACAAGAGAGAAAUAUCGUGUUGUCUAUACAGACCAUCAGAGACUGGAACUAGAGAAGGAGUUUCAUUACAGCAGAUACAUCACCAUCCGGAGGAAGUCCGAACUGGCUGCAAAUCUAAGACUUUCGGAGAGACAGGUCAAGAUCUGGUUCCAAAACCGCAGAGCCAAGGAACGGAAAUUAAUGAAGAAGAAAAUGACCACUUUUGACGGCAGCAGCGUCGGCUCUAUCCAGAGCGACUCUGGUUCGAUGAGUCCGAUCCCAAUCCCCGACCCACAGACUCAUUCGGAAAUGGCGGGUACGUUAUUUCCUCCUCCUCCACCGCCGCCGCCGCCUCCGCUGCCUCCACCACCAUCUCUUGCAAUGAAUAGCUUGCAGCACAAUGGGAAUCUUUAGCAGGUUGCAGCAUUGCAGUGAAGCCUGUCGGUAAAGGUUGUAGCAUCGCAGCAAGGAAGAACAUCAUGCCCCAGGAGUAGACGGAGCACCCGGGUUGACAAAAGUGGAUCCCUGGCAACACAUCAGCCAUUUAUAAAGGAC